AUGUCCUGGCAACAAAUUCCUCUGCCUUACAGAACUGAAGAACUGGAAGCCAAAAAAUUGGCAAAUCAGUUUGAUGUCCUGAGGUAUGUCACACUGUUCAAGUAUGGUGGAUUGUACUUGGACACUGAUGUGAUUGUCAUGAAGCCAAUGGAUGACCUUGUCAAUGCUUUGGGUCUUCAGGGACCCACAGAGCUCAAUGGUGGGGUUCUGGCAUUUGAGAAACACCAUCCCUUCAUAGAAGCAUGUUUAAAAGAGGUGUCUGAAAGAAUCAAAACGGAACAAGAACACGACAGCGUAUGGUAG